UUCGCCGUGGAUUUGAACCGCGUGGCCCACGUACCCGCCUCAAGAUGAUGAAGUUCAAGCAACAGGGGCUAAUCGCCGACUUGAUGCCCAACAUAAACUUGAUGAAAGCAACUGGCCACUUCAUGUUCAAUUACUACACUGACAGUUCCACGAAACACAUACACAAGAUCUACUGUAUCGUCCACCUGAUCCUGAUACUGAUGCAGUUCGGAUUCUGCGGUAUCAAUCUAAUGAUGGAGAGCGACGACGUGGACGAUCUCACCGCGAACACCAUCACCAUGCUCUUCUUCACGCACAGCGUGGUCAAGCUCGUUUAUUUCGCGGUCAGGAGUAAAUUGUUCUACAGAACGCUUGGCAUAUGGAACAAUCCGAACAGCCAUCCCCUCUUCGCCGAGAGCAACGCGCGAUACCAUCAGAUAGCCGUUAAGAAGAUGAGGAUACUCCUGCUGGCGGUUAUAGGGACCACAGUGCUGUCCACCAUUUCUUGGACCACCAUCACGUUCAUUGGUGACUCUGUGAAAAAGGUCAUCGAUCCUGUCACUAACGAAACAACCUACGUCGAGAUACCAAGAUUGAUGGUUCGUUCCUGGUACCCGUACGAUCCCAGUCACGGGAUGGCCCAUAUUUUAACAUUGAUAUUCCAAUUUUACUGGCUGAUAUUCUGCAUGGCAGACGCGAAUCUAUUGGACGUGCUGUUCUGCUCGUGGCUCCUGUUCGCUUGCGAGCAGAUUCAGCAUUUGAAGAAUAUCAUGAAACCUCUGAUGGAAUUCAGCGCCACGCUGGACACCGUCGUGCCAAACAGUGGAGAGCUGUUCAAGGCUGGUAGCGCAGAGCAACCGAAGGAACAGGAGCCAUUGCCACCAAUCACACCACCCCAGGGUGAAAAUAUGUUGGACAUGGAUCUUCGAGGGAUAUACAGCAACAGGACCGACUUCACGACCACCUUCAGGCCAACUGCUGGAAUGACGUUCAACGGUGGUGUUGGGCCAAAUGGAUUAACCAAGAAACAGGAAAUGCUGGUACGAAGCGCCAUCAAGUACUGGGUAGAGAGGCACAAGCAUAUCGUUAGACUCGUAACUGCAAUUGGAGACGCCUAUGGUGUAGCUUUGCUGCUACACAUGUUGACUACCACUAUUACAUUAACUUUGCUCGCUUACCAAGCAACAAAGAUACACGCAGUAGAUACGUACGCAGCAUCAGUAGUAGGUUAUUUGCUGUACUCUCUAGGACAAGUAUUUAUGCUCUGUAUAUUUGGAAAUCGUCUCAUUGAAGAGAGCUCGUCAGUGAUGGAAGCAGCUUAUUCUUGCCACUGGUAUGAUGGAUCAGAGGAGGCCAAAACCUUUGUACAGAUUGUCUGUCAACAGUGUCAGAAGGCGAUGUCGAUUUCAGGGGCGAAGUUCUUCACUGUAUCUUUGGAUCUCUUCGCUUCGAAUACGAUAAUGUAA